AUGACUUUAACUGUAUGGAACUAUGACACAUUUAUACAUAAUCAAGGUGAAAGUAAAGGAACAAUAUGUAAUGAUUUUUUAGAGUUAUUACUGUUUGGUGUACCAUCGUGGCAUUUAAAAGCAUUCCUGCUGCAUGAACUUACAGAAAAGGGUUUGAAAAAGUUGGGACAUUCCGUAGAAAAUUCCUAUUCCAAUAUACAAAAACUGGUUGUGAAACAUCUUCAAAUUGUUGGUCAGUCUAUAGUGUAUCAUUUAGAUGAAUUCCGAGGCAUGUCAUCAUGGUAUGAAAAGUUUGGUAUCCUAGGAUUAGAACAGACAGCUCUCCAGGAAGCAGUCAAAACAGCAGGUUCCUUUAUGUUAAAGACAUGUGAACUACAACAAGUUAUUGAUGGAAGUAUUAAAAAUUUUGAAGCAUUCUUCAAAUGGUUAUAUAUAGCAAUAUUGAGAUUAUCUGGAGAGAAAACACCACCAGAAUUUAGUAAGAUGACACAACAUGAUAUUAGUUUUGUAGCUGAUUUUUUGAAAGAUAAUUUUACCCAGCAUACUCAGAAUGGUGAAAGUCAUCAUGAGGAAGAUAGAAAGGAAAAGUUUCGACUUGAAAAAGUUGGUCAAUAUUUAAAGAAAGAAGACCUGCUGAUACCACCAGACACCAGUUCAAAUAUGUGGAAACAGUUUCUCAAUGCUAAUAAUUUCCAACAUGAGAGUAAACUGAUCUAUGAAAUAAACAAGAAGAAAUCACUGGUACAGUUAAAAGAUAAGUUAGAAGAUAUAUGUAAUACAGCAUUAACUAAACCUGCUAAUGUUAUUGGUGAAUCUCUUCAUUGUUCCUGUACACAUCAUUUAUUUACUUUAUCAAGAGAAGAAAAAGCAAGGUUGCCAAUUUUUAAACAGUAUACAGACAGUAGUACUGGUAAUCUUUAUACUGUAUUUACUGCUGAUACAUUACCUUGUCAAUAUUUAUAUAUUAUACAUCAUCCAACAAAUACUAACAAAAUUAUGGAAGAUAGUGGAAUAGUUGGAAUUAGUAUAGGAAGUCUUUCUGUAGAAUGUCCUGACACUACAAUUGAUUCUAAUUCUGCCAACAGGCAUUGCAUAGUACUAUAUUAUCAAAAUCUAUGACAAAUUUUUACCCAAAAUGAAAAAUACUUAAAGGGGUAGUAGCGCCAUAUUGAAGGAGGGAAUUUGGGUCUUGAAUAUUUGUAAAUAGCCUUCGGAAGCACUAGAAAUUUACGAAAAUCGCACAAUUCCUUCGAAAAUACUUCAAACUAAGAAUUCUACCAUUUAUUCUGCCACUACAAGAAACUAUCUUGCUCUUGUUUUUGUUUUUAUCACAGAGUUGGUAAAAAUUUGUCAUAGAUAAUUGAUGUAUUGAUGUAUUUUAUAAAGUUAUUGUACUAGACAUGUUCAUGAAUCACAACAAAAAAACACAAAAAUCAGGGUUUUUGCAAUAUUGUUGUGUUCAACUUUGCAUAUAUAUUUUGCAUAGUCUUUGAAAGGCAUUAUCUGUACAGCAAAAUGAAGCUGCAAUGAAAGUCACAACGAAAAUGAAAAAAUAAUAAAAUGAUUAAAUAACACAUAAUACAUACAAACAUGAGGCAUAUUCAUCAAACAGGCAAAUGAGCAAUAAUGACUGUUGUCAUGUUGUUGAAUAACAGCUGAAUAAAAGUAUUGAAUAUUAAUGGUAAGUCCUACUUUUCUGCAUGUGUACCAUUGAAG